UCAGAUAACUUUAUAAUUUUUAAACUGACUCAGUUUCAACUACAUAAUUGGAAAGAUAAAUAGAAACGUAAAACAUCAUCUAUCUUUUUUCAUACAGUUAUUGGUAUAUAAAUAGGUGAGUGAUGAACAAAAACACAGUUGUAUCCAAUAUGCUAACCUUCGAUUGAUUUCGAUAACUGGUUUUGAGAUGGCUUCUGAGAUAAAAAAACUUGGUGAAAUUAAAUUAUAUAUACAGGAUGUCCAGUAUACCGUUAAAACUGAUGAAGUUACCCCAAAUACGUCCCUCAAUUCUUACAUUCGUGACACUUUACAAUUGACUGGAACCAAAUCUUUGUGUUAUGAAGGGGGUUGUGGGUCUUGCGUCGUGGUGCUAUACAUCGUGGAACCCACGACGGAGAAAGAAGUUUAUCUGGCGGUGAAUUCGUGUUUGGUUCCGCUUUUAUCGUGUAAUGGCUGGCGAAUUUACACAAUCGAAGGAAUCGGAAAUCCUUUAAACGGUUAUCACCCAAUUCAAGAAGUUCUAGCCAAAUAUAAUGGCACGCAAUGCGGUUUUUGUUCGCCUGGAAUGGUGAUGAACAUGUAUGCGUUAUACGAAUCGGGAAAACUAACAAUGGAAGAAGUUGAAAAUUCAUUUGGCGGCAACAUAUGUCGAUGUACUGGAUAUAGACCAAUACUUUCCGCCUUUAAAUCACUUUGCACAGAUGCUAGUUCGAAAAUACUUGGUAAAUAUCCUGAUAUAGAAGACUUAAGAGUGUGUAAGCAAGAUAAAUGUGGAAAAAAAUGUGCAACAAAGUGUAAUGGAGAGGCGUUUUGUCUUGAGCUUGCGGAAUCAAAAUGGAUUAAAGUCUACACUUUACAAGAUUUGCUAACUGUUUUGAAUCAGUCAAAAGAUUUGACUUAUAAGCUAGUUGGGGGGAAUACAGCUAAAGGAGUCUUUAAAUCGUAUGCGAACAGUGUCUGUGUUUACUUAGAUGUAAAUUCAAUCCCUGAGCUCAAAGUUCAAGAAGUCAAAGACACGACUUUUGUCCUAGGUGCUGGUACUAGUCUUACAACAGCUAUGGAACUUUUCAAACAAGUUGGAGAGAAAAACUCUCAAUUCUCUUACUUAAAACAAUUAGCUAAUCACAUCGACUUAGUUGCAAACGUCCCAGUGAGGAAUGUGGGAACUCUGGCUGGAAAUUUAAUGAUGAAACACGACAAUCACGACUUUCCUUCUGAUAUUUUUCUUAUUUUGGAAACAAUCGGUGCUACGUUUACAGUUGUUGGAAUCGAUGGAAAUGAAGUUGAAUUAACCCCUCAUGACUUUAUUAGUUACGAUAUGAAACUAAAAGUUUUAAAAACUAUCACUUUUCCCAGUUAUACAGACACGGUUAAAUAUGUUAGUUAUAAAAUAAUGCCGAGGGCUCAAAAUUCACACGCGCAUGUAAAUGCAGGGUUUUUGUUUAAAUUCAGUACAGAUUCAAUCCUUGAUUCUGCGACUAUUGUGUACGGAAAUAUAAACCCGACGUUUAUUCACGCAUCUGAGUCGGAAAAGCUCCUAGUAGGCAAAAAUUUGUUCGAUAAUAAUACUCUUCAACAAGUUUUUGCAACCCUUUCUAAGGAACUCAUCACUGAUGUUAUACCUCCGGAUCCGACACCGGAAUUUAGGAAACAACUUGCAAUUGCACUUUUUUACAAAGCUGUAUUAACUGUUGCUCCGACUGAUAAACUCUCUCCCAAAAAUUUAUCAGGAGGUCCUGUACUAACAAGACCAGUUUCUUCAGGAACACAAGAUUAUGAAACUAACGAAUCAUUGUAUCCACUCACUGAAGCUGUGCCAAAAUUAGAAGCACUCGCACAAACUUCUGGCCAAGCUCAAUACAUCCAUGACAUGCCUGAAGUACCUCAUCAGUUGUACGGUACUUUAAUUCUGGCAGAAGCACCACCAAAUUCAACAAUCAAAAAUAUAGACGCAAGCAAGGCUUUGGAAGUGGAAGGCAUUGUCGCUUUUUACAGCAAAGAGGAUAUUCCCGGUGAUAAUAAUUUCACCCCCACUGACAUAUUUCCAUCCAUGGAAGAAAUAUUUUGCAGUGGUCGUGUGCUGUAUUACGAGCAACCAAUCGGAAUUUUGGUCGGAACAAAUACUAAUGUUGUUAAGGAGGCUUCAAGUUUGGUUGAAGUGACAUAUGAUCCGCCAAAUGUAGGUCCUCUACUAUCAGUUCGUCAGGUUUUGGCAGCUGGUCGAACUGAUCGAAUCCAAGAAAUCAAAACAAUAACACCCACACGAAAAGGCAACGAUGUCAAACACGUGAUAAAUGGAACAUUUGAUAUCUAUCACCAGUACCAUUUCCAUAUGGAAACGCAAUGUUGUAAUGUGAUACCCAACGAAAAUGGAUUAGAUAUUUACCCAUCGUCCCAAUGGAUGGACCAGAUCCAAUCAGCAAUCGCCCGAAUGCUCCAAAUUCAAAAUAACAAAAUUAAUGUAACAGUACGCAGACUCGGUGGUGCUUUUGGAGCCAAAAUCAGCAGAAACGGCUUAGUAUCAUGUGCAGCAGCCUUAGCUGCGUGGAAAUUGAGACAACCGGUGAAAUUAUCCCUCUCUCUACAAGAAAAUAUGGUAGCAAUUGGAAAAAGAUGGCCCCUUUCAACCGACUACGAAGUAGGGGUCAAUGACGAAGGAGUUAUCCAGUAUUUGAACUGCACCCACUAUUCCGAUUUAGGAGCCACAAUUAAUGAAAUAGGAGCCGAAGAAUUACUAAAUUUGUUUACAGCUAAUUACAUUAAUGACACUUUUACAAUACACAUGGACGUCGUCGUGACAGACACGCAUACCAAUACGUGGGCUCGAGCCCCAGGUUCGACUGAAGGCUUGGCCUGUAUUGAAUCAAUAAUGGAACAUGUGGCAUACGAAAUUGGAGUAGAUCCUCUCGAUUUGCGGAUUGCAAAUUUUCCGAAAGACUCCGAACUUUUGAAAUAUGUCAACGAUCUAAAAACCUGGGCUGAUAUCGAUAAAAGAAAACAGGAAAUUGCUACUUUCAAUCAGGAAAACCGGUGGAAGAAAAAAGGUUUGUCAGUAGUACCAAUGGCGUAUUUUUUGGGUGUUGGAGGUCCGUUUUCUGUGAUGGUUUCAAUAUUCCACGGCGAUGGUACUGUACAAAUAUCUCAUGGUGGGAUUGAAGUCGGACAAGGGAUUAAUACCAAAGCAGCACAAGUAUGUGCUUACAAACUUGGGAUUCCUUUAGAAAAAGUUACAGUUUUGCCUAGCAAUAGUUUUGUUGCUCCAAAUAACACGACGACUGGUGGUAGUGUCACUUCUGAAGCUAUUUGCUACGGUGUGAUUCAAGCUUGUGAUCAAUUAUUGAUUCGUAUUCAACCGUACCAAGACAAAAAUCCUAAUGGGACUUGGGAGGAUUGGAUCAAGGCUUGUUUCAAUGAUUAUGUCAAUUUAUCGGCAAUUGGAAUGUUUUCACCUAACGAACCAAAUGUCAAUACGUAUCUGAUUUAUGGUAUUUGUGCGACUGAAGUUGUUGUCGAUAUUUUAACCGGACAACAUAUUAUUUCAAGAGUCGAUUUAAUUGAAGAUACGGGACAAUCAAUGAGUCCUGCUAUUGACAUAGGUCAAGUUGAGGGUGCUUUUGUGAUGGGAAUGGGUUAUUACACGACGGAAAAAAUUGUUUAUAAUUACGAAGGUCGCAUUUUAACUAAUAACACUUGGACUUAUUAUCCUCCAGGUCCUAAAGAUAUUCCGAUCGAUUUUCGUGUAAAAUUUCCGAAGGAUAAUCCAAAUCCUGUGGGUGUACUGAAGUCGAAAGCGACUGCGGAACCUCCUUUGUGUAUGACGAUAUCGGUUCCAUUGGCAAUUCGAAAUGCUGUAGCUUCGGCCAGAUUGGAUUCGGGGCAAACUACUUCAAAAUGGUUUCCUUUUGAGGGGACGACAAAUGUGGAAAAUGUCUUUAUGAACAGUAUGAAUGAUUACACGCAAUAUAUUUUGUGAAAAUUUUAUUGGUUAUGUAAAUUUGCGUAAAAUAAAUUACUUCAUAAUCCGUU